AUGAAAGAGUGCAAGCCUCAGAGUACCCCUAUGGUAACUCGACAAGUGAAAAAUAGAAACAAUAAGGUCAAACUUCAUACAGAACAUUCAGAGUCAAUUGAUGAAAUUAAAAGAGUACCGUAUAGAGAAGCUAUUGGAAGCCUGAUGUACCUAGCAAAUGCUACACGUCCAGAUAUAGCGUAUGCAGUCAAUUAUCUAGCAAGAAAACAGUUAGAACCCACUGAGGACGAUUGGAAUGAUGUGAAAAGGAUAUUUAGAUAUCUAAGAAGAUCAACUGAUCUGGGUAUAAAAUUCACAUCUAAUUCAGAGCAGCUAGAAGCAUUGACUGACUCGAGUUUCAGAGAUUGCGAAAACUUAACAUCCACUGGUGGAUACGUCAUAAGACUAUUUGGUGACACCAUCGCCUGGAGAAGCCACUAG